AUGCCUAAAGCACCAGGUUCAGUCGGCUCGGGAACAGGCGGCGCUACUGUACUCAAGAGAAAUCAGGUCCAAUAUUUUUUCUUUUUCCCUCCCAAAACACUCAAAUUAUGUUUUAGGCCUGCCAUCAGUGCAGAAGACGCAAAUUGUGAUGCCAGACGACCCUGCUCGACGUGUGUUCGCUCGCAUAAGCAUGCUCGCGACCAUGCACAGCCUGGGGCGAACUUGCCGGAAAGGCCGGAAUGCACAUUCGACGAAGUUGCAACAACGGAGACACCAACUACUCCAUCAGAUAGUCCCAAGAAUAGGUUUGAGCGAUUGGAGACUCGGAUAAAGGAGCUAGAGGCACUUUUGAAUCAAAAGGAACAGACGACAUCCCCAGAUGCUAAUCCAAAAAGCGGUUCGGCUCUCUCGUCUAUCCAGAAUUCGCCUGCUUCUAUUCAGUCUGUGCCAUCGAGUUCACGUCCCGGAUCGGCAUCCACGAUCAACUUCCCAAGUGACCUAGAAUCACUAUUGUCACCAUCUAAUUUGGACGUGAAUGCUCAGGCGGUCAAUCCAUACUUUUGGAAUGGCAAUUCGCAACUCAUGGAAGGUACAAGCCUCAGGAUUGAUGCUCCAUUGCUUGCAUCUAGCAUGGACGUCAUCUGGUCACAUUGGCCUGUCAAUCUACCUCACCCAGAACUCACUCGUCAUUUAGUCGAUAUGUUCUUUUUGUUCCACCCGCACGCAUCCCGCCUUUUCCACAGGGGUAACUUCAUAGCUUCGCUAUCAUACUCACCAGACCAUCCAGAUUUCCCUGUUGCACCCGUUCUACAUGCUAUAUGCGCUGUCAGUGCUAUCUACACUGCAGCUGGAGGACCUCGGACAAAUGCUGCAGACUUUCCAUAUGAAGGACAAUUCGCACAGCCAGAGCUGCCUGAUACAUUUGCAGAGCAACAAGCAACGCAUGCUAAGGAAGCGGUCGAGAAGUCCUUGAACAAAGGUCAUCACUUAGUUCAAUGCGUACAAACGUACGUUCUACUAACGUGGUACUAUUGGUGUCACUCGAAAUGGGUCGAGUUAUUUACUUGCAGUGGCCAAUCUUUGCGCGUUGCGAUACCGUUGGGACUCAACAUUUGCCCUCCCUUUCGUUCGUUACUUGGGAGCUCCCCAACAAUGUCGAUAAUCCCGCCGCCUCGCACUCCAAUCGAGGACGAAACACGGAGAAAUACCUUUUGGCUAGCGUAUGCGGUUGAUCGCCAACAUGGAUCUGGCACUGGUUGGGCGCUCUCUCUUGAUGAUGAUGAUAUCGCCCAAGUUUUCCCAGUCACAAUGGAGCAGUUUGAGUUUGGGAUACCUGUGAGCUAUAACGUGCGGCAGUGGUGUCACGUCAGAGAAGCGGUGCUGUUUCAUCCCCCCGACAUCACUGAUUCGUUCACGCUGUAUAUCAAGAGCACUAUGCUUCUUUCUUUUGUCAAGAAUUUUAACCACCGAUACAAGAUCAAAUCGAAUUUGGGAGACACGAGAUUCCUACCGGUGAGGAACUUCGCAACCCAGGGAUAUGGAGAUCAGCCAGAUAUCCGGUCAUCACCUGCCUUCCUAGAAUUGGAUCAGUUGCUCGUGUCGUUCCGGUCAUCGUUUCCAAGUAAUCUGAAAGACCCGUUCAGAAAUGGACUGGUGGACAUGCACUUAUACACGACUUUUCUCACCGCGCAUGUAUCGAUCAUUUUCCUUCAUGAACCUCACGCCAAUCUGGAUAGGGCCAAUUGCAUUUCCGCUGCCAAGAUACUCGAGAGUGCCCGUGCAAUUCUUGAACUCAUAUAUGCGGUGUGGUCCACGAAUUAUGAUAUUGGGCUUCUAGACUAUUUCUGCCCAUUUUGUUGGUAUCUUUCCGGUCAAUGUUUUGGCCGCUUCCUCCGCACUGCCCAGAAUACUGGUAGUGUCCAACAAAUAGACACCCUACGGGCAGAGCUUGACUUUGUAAGGAUGGCAUUGAGCAAGAUGGCAGAACGAGUUCCCCUUGCAUACCGAUAUCACAGAAUGUUGGAUGCUUGCAUUCCGGAAGUUUCUGGUUCGACGGCCUUGCAUCCGACUCCUGCGGACGGGAGACCAGUUUCUAAUGACACCGAUCAGCAAUUGCUUCUCAGUGUCUCGCAAACACACACGAGUCCAAAUCAGCCCGACGUGGCAUACUUCCUUAAGAUAAAUAACAUAAAUCCCCAGCCCUAACUUUCCCGGCCCAGCUUUUUUGGUAACAGUCUGUCUCGUUAUUAAGUUAUCGCAAUAUAUAAUGUAUUGUAAAGUUUGCCAUGUUUUGACUUUGUUCGUGAAGUACUCUAGCAGCUCAAGUUCCAUGUACUUUUUUUGUUUUUUUUGAAUCUUGAUGUGCUACGAUCACUACAUGCGUUUGAAUGUAUUCAAUUCAUUUUGUAAUGACUAUUUUCGACUACAAGGUCACUCGUUUACAUAUGCACCUUAGCUAUACGAAAACAUUUAUAGUACCACAAUCAGGUAUGACUCGACAACUAUGCAACCGAGGCUGCACGACGACUGAGGUGGCAAGCAAGCAAAGUCGGCAUGCAUGCCCUCAUGCAAUUCAAGGCUGAUGAGAACGUUUCUUGAAACUGUGUGUGUGUCCAUAGAUACUGUCCGCGAUGAAGUUCACUGCGACGGUUAUAACGUUAAGCGGACUCAGUGUGUGAGUUUUUGUAUGUAGAGC